GAUACUCAAUAUACUAUCUCACAAAGAAAGUCAUCGAGCUGUCCCAGAGUCACAACUUUUAUUUGCAGCCGCACUCGUUGCCUGUCUCUCGGAAAACAAAACAGCGCAAUCUGUCUUCUCCGAGAUAAACGGAAAUUGCGAGAAUUUCCUUGCUCAAGAAUGUGCCACAGCAUUAGCCGAAAAACCUUAA